AUGAAGAGAUCGGCCUUUGUGCGUCUGGCAACGGAAGACGACGUUCCUGCACUGCAGCUGUUGAUACAAGGCCUCGCGGACUACGAGGGUGCCUCCAAAGACUGCCAUGCGACAGAAUCUGCUCUGAACUCGACUCUGUUCCAGCAGCCCCCGUUCGUGGGCACUACGGUCUUCCUUCUCGAGCUCGGUCCUCUUCUCGAAAGCCCCAAAGGUCUCGUUGCAUCAAACGGAGUCGGCAAUCAUGGAGUACUGACGAUUGGAGCUUCCAAAGGAAAAACCCCCGAGCCUCGGGUACCAGCGAACGGAGCUGCCACAUAUUCAUCUUUCCACGAGGAGUCCCACGAAGUCAACUUGACUUGUGCGGAAGAGACUUCCGCGUCCGCUGCUCCCUAUCGGUCGCCGAGGGAUAAAACACGGACCAUCGUGGGCUUCGCUCUGUGUUUUCCGAGGUACGUAUGCUACAUGGCCAGGAAUGCGCUUUUCAUCGAUGGUCUUCACGUGAGAGAAGCGUUCAGAAGGCAAGGCCUCGGCACCAUUUUGUUGACGACGGUGGCGCAACAAGCUGCCAAGCGGGGCUUCGCAAGAGUGGACUGGAUUGUGGAGGACUGGAACGUGAGUGCUAUCAAAUUCUACGAGGGCAUGGGCGCUCCCGUCAUGCCCAAUCUGCUCACCUGCCGCUUGAAGGGAGACAAUCUCGGAGCUUACGCGAGCUAA